AUGUCGAUACCAACCUCACGGCAACUUAGUCUAGAGUUGUUUAGAGCAGCAAGACGAUAUCGACCAACUCUUCAGUAUCUUCAAAAAUCUGAGAUUCGACAACCGGUCGAUUCCUACGCUAGAUUCUUUAGCUUCCAAUCAGCUUUUCGAACUGCGUCGUUCAAGACGGUGCCGAAACCACCUCCUAAUGCUCGUCGUCUGCGCCCCUUCCCCGUCCUCGCUGCAGGCGGUGGACUCUUCGCCGUACUCUUCUCCGUCCUUCAACCUGUUUCCCACGAGCCUCUUGAGGUGCCCCGAGACGCAGACCCACCUCCCGACUCGGCUUCUAGCGACGAUGACGACGGUUUGCCACGCUAUAAGCUUUCAGAGGUCAAAGAGCAUGGACCAAAAUCCGAAAGGCCUUGGGUGAUAUACGAGGACAAAGUAUACGACAUAACAGAUUGGGUCCCUGCCCACCCGGGUGGUGAGGUUAUCCUCCGUGCCGCUGGCGGUAGUAUCGAACCGUAUUGGAAUAUCUUCUCUAUUCAUAAGUCGCCGUACGUCCGCGAGAUUCUUGAACAGUAUGUAGUUGGAAAGGUGCAUCCGGAUGACCUCGAGAACGGAAGACCGCUACAAGACCACAUCGAAGAUCCUUUUAUGGCAGACCCAGUCAGAGACGCAAGGCUGAUAAAGCUGACGCAGAAGCCGUGUAACGCAGAGACACCUGGGAAUGAAUUGGCAGAAUCUUUUCUAACUCCCAACGAGGUUUUCUACGUCCGUAAUCACAUGUGGGUUCCUGUCGUGGAAAAUGCCGAAGCCGAGGAUCAUAGCAUCACUGUUGAACUACCCGAUGGUGACAUCAAAACCUAUAGCAUUAAGGAUCUCAAGGCUCGUUUUAAGCAGCAUACUGUAACGGCUGUUUUACAAUGCUCUGGAAACCGACGUAACGAUAUGACCCGUUAUGCGAAGAAAACAAAUGGUUUACAAUGGACGGUCGGCGCUAUCAGCUGCGCAAAGUGGGAAGGUGUGCGACUACGAGACGUCCUCGCCGACGCCGGCAUGUCUCUCGAAGACCCGGGAGAGGAUGCCCAGCACGUCCAAUUUUCAGGACUAGAAGCAUAUGGUGCCAGCAUCCCUAUCGCGCCGGUCCUCGAUCCCAUGGGAGACGUGCUCCUCGCAUUCAAGAUGAACGAUGCCCCCCUUCCACGCGACCACGGUUUUCCGGUUAGGGUGAUUGUUCCAGGUCACGUAGCGGCCAGAUGCGUCAAGUGGGUGAACAAGAUCGUGGUGAGCGACGAAGAGAGUAAUACGACAUGGCAACGGCGGGAUUACAAGUGCUUCGGACCAAACGAAGUCAAGCAGGAUUGGGACAAGUACAAGGCUAUCCAGGUAAUGCCCAUUACGAGCGCGAUCACGCGUACGAGAUUAAAGCCUUCAGAAAAGAUACCGGGCAAAAAUACCAAGGAAUUAGGCGAGAGACCUGUUGUUCAGAUAGAAGGGUACGCCUAUUCGGGUGGUGGGCGAGAGAUCCAGCGUGUCGAUAUAAGUCUUGAUGGUGGGGAGACGUGGGACCAAGCACAGCUGGUUGACGAUACUAACCUCGAAAAAGGAAGUAAAGCUUGGUGCUGGAAGAGGUGGCGGUACGAGGCCGGGUUGCCCGAAGUUGCGAAAGGCUCGAAGGGUGCGUCGAAGACUACCCUCGUCGUCAAAGCCACGGAUGACGCAUACAAUACCCAACCUGAGACCCACAAAAGCAUAUAUAAUAUACGCGGUAACUUGGCUACAGCAUGGCAUCGCGUGGAUCUCGACUACGCCACGGCUUCCAAGGAUACAGAAAAAGGCAGGAGUAAUGAAUAA